AUGUCCAGUAGCAACGCAGAAAUGUUAUCUAGCCCCACAUCCCUGUCCUCCUUCACAUCGGACAAGCAAGAGAGUGACAUACUGAAAAAGUCCAUUGCCAUGAUGGCAUCGGACGCAUUCCGUGGGAAUGCCCAGCAAUGGGAUCGCGAGGCUCUCAUUGAAAUGGCCAAUUCGUUGGGUGGACCUCGCAUGCAAUUGAUUCAUUCCACUGUCAUUGAAGAGUUGGGUAGAAUCCCACGAAGUAGCGAGGGAUAUGCGCAAGAUGCCAUUGAACUCGUGGCGAACCACGCCGAAGUCUUCUUUUUCAGCCACCAGUGGCUGCGUCCCAAUCCAGAAAAUCCAAAGAAAUCACAUCCCGAUUCCGCAGACAAUAUCAAGGCCAAAGUCCUCAUUGAGUUUGUCAAGUGGAGAAGGAGUUGGGUUACCUUCCACCAUGGAUUCUUUCCGAAUAUUUGUUUCUGGAUUGAUUAUUGCUGUCAUGACCAAGACAAUUUAGAAUUGGGAUUUUCCCUUCUUCCCAUUUGGACCGCCUGUUGCGAACGCUUUCUACGAUUCGAAACACCUACCUAUCAUUCCAGAGUCUGGUGUCGGCUGGAACCCUUGCUGUCAGCCAAGUUCUCUUACGCAGAUCAUCAUGUGGUCAUUCAUGCAAACUACAAGAACCAAUGGCCCGACAUUGGAAGAACGUCCGAAUCCCUAUUGUUGGAUCCCCGCGAAGGACAUUUGACCGAUCCCCGGGAUGCUGCAAAGCUGCAACCUUUGGUUUCUUUGGCGGUAGAUUCUAGCAGUCAUGGGACAAGGCCAAUACAUUUGGGGAAAACGACAAUCAAAACAAUUCUACUGUAA